GAUGACAAAGCGCACCAAAGACAUGGGCAAGUUCAGCUCUGUUACCGUCUCGACCAUCGAUGAAGAAGAGGAGGAGAUUGAAGCCCGGGAGGUGGCAGACUCAUAUGCCCAGAAUGCUAAAGUGAUUGAAAAGCAGCUGGAGAGGAAGGGAAUGAGCAAGAGAAGACUACAAGAACUGGCUGAACUUGAAGCUAAGAAGGCCAAGAUGAAGGGAACCCUCAUUGACAAUCAAUUCAAAUAAAGUCUGUGUGUGUAUGAGAGAGUAAAUGAGUUUUGAUGUAUGUAUCAAAUGAGUUUUGAUGUAUGUAUCACUCUGGCUGCAUCAGAGUAUUUGUGCAAUAGGGUGUGUGAAGGGGCCAUAGGGUAUUUUGUGUAUUCUUUUAUUACAUUUCUUGUUAAAAUGUUUGAAUUUUAAGUAAAAACAACUGAAUAAAAACUGCUUCCAGAAUUA